CCAUGCCCGUCGAACACUGCCGCCAAAAGCCAGGACACUUUGCCGAUCAUAAGAUCACAUAUGAUAAACCUGUCCUCGUUGGAUCGCUUCCUGCCCCUGUAUGUGCUGGCACCGGCGUCUCUGGCCAAUCGCUUGAACUUGGCUGGAGUUCGCCUAGGCCACGCGGACGUUAUUCUGGGGUCAUCCAAUUGUAAUGCGGAUGCAUGUCUUAUCUGUGUGUUGGUUUGUAUGUUAGUCAGUAUGUUCGCGCCUUUUGAUAUUGACUUUAUGUGGCGUCUCUCGGAGUGUAUGGCUGUGUUUCGGUUGAGCCUUAAACUUAACGGGCUUGUGAGAGUGCUGUUAUGUCUAUUGGUAUUGUAGCCGGCUCUAAGUGUUCGCAUACACAUGGUUCGGUGUCCGCGCAGGCACUGCAUAGAAGAGGCCAUUCCCAGUAACCGCUUCAUAGAAGCAGAUAACCUAUAUAUAUGUCCGUGUAGUUGUUCCGGCAAGUACUAUUUCGAUGUCAGAUCGGAGUGUAUAAACAAACCUUAUUUCUCAUAUACUAUAAUGAGCUGUUGAUACCAAGAGAGAGUGUUCAUCUAGAGAUGAUAUCAGUCCACUUGACGAAAAAUGUAUGUUAUCGAACUAUCAUUUC